CUAGGCGGCGCAGGGGACCGGGGACUAAGGGGUUAACUCGGAGCUCUUCCCGGCGCGGAGGGAUCCGGAGGCGAGCCGAUCGUGGUGCUGAGGCCGCCUCAGCGAAAAAAAUGUCCGCCUGAGGAGACCCACAAGUUCUAUUCGGGGGGACCGUCAGCCCGCCCCGGGAGGAAGGGGCGGCCAGGCCCGAGAGCCGCCUCCCCCACCCGGACCCGAGAGCUCGAACGGGGCAAAGUGAACCGAGCCGCCGGGCGGUGCAAGGGGAAGCCUGAGCCCGCUCUCCCGGCCAAAGUGAACUUUAAUCGGGGUGGUUGGAUGCGGAGACCGGGCGGCAGGACCUGCUAGAAGUGGCCGAAGAUGAAUCCCCAGCAACAGCGCAUGGCCGCUAUAGGGACCGACAAGGAGCUGAGCGACCUGCUGGACUUCAGUGCGAUGUUUUCCCCACCUGUUAAUAGUGGGAAAACCAGACCAACUACACUGGGUAGCAGUCAGUUCAGUGGAUCAGGUAUGGAUGAACGAGGAGGAACGACAUCUUGGGGAACAAGUGGUCAACCAAGCCCCUCCUAUGAUUCAUCUAGAGGUUUUACAGACAGCCCUCAUUACAGUGAUCACUUGAAUGACAGUCGAUUAGGGGCCCAUGAAGGCUUGUCCCCAACACCUUUCAUGAACUCAAAUCUGAUGGGAAAAACAUCAGAGAGAGGCUCGUUUUCCCUGUACAGCAGAGAUACUGGACUACCUGGCUGUCAGUCUAGUCUCCUGAGACAAGAUAUAGGGCUUGGGAGCCCAGCACAACUGUCUUCAUCAGGAAAACCUGGGACACCAUACUAUUCAUUCUCUACCACAAGUUCUAGGAGAAGACCGCUCCAUGACUCUGCAGCACUUGAUCCUUUGCAAGCGAAGAAAGUCAGAAAGGUGCCUCCUGGUUUGCCUUCUUCUGUAUAUGCACCAUCCCCAAAUUCAGAUGACUUCAACCGUGAAUCUCCUAGUUAUCCAUCUCCUAAGCCACCAACCAGUAUGUUUGCUAGCACUUUCUUUAUGCAGGAUGGGACCCACAAUUCUUCUGACCUUUGGAGUUCAUCAAAUGGGAUGAGCCAGCCUGGUUUUGGUGGAAUUCUGGGGACCUCCACUUCCCACAUGUCUCAGUCCAGUAGUUAUGGCAGCCUUCAUUCACAUGACCGCUUGAGUUAUCCUCCACACUCAGUUUCACCAACAGACAUAAGCACGAGUCUUCCACCAAUGUCCAGCUUUCAUCGUGGCAGCACCAGCAGCUCUCCUUAUGUUGCUGCCUCACACACUCCUCCUAUCAAUGGAUCAGAUAGCAUUCUAGAAAAAAGCAAAGGCAAAACAUUAACUACAGCUGAUUUAGUCAGGAGGCAGGAAAUGACAACGUUCUCAAAAAGAAAAAAAAACCUUUCUUUAACAAGGAGCCAAAAAAUUUAUUCUCCUGACCAUACCAGCAGUAGUUUUCCAUCAAAUCCAUCAACACCAGUUGGAUCACCUUCACCUCUCACAGGUACCAGUCAGUGGCCCAGACCUGGAGGGCAAGCGCCUUCAUCCCCAAGCUAUGAAAACUCACUUCACUCCCUGAAAAAUCGAGUUGAGCAGCAACUUCACGAGCAUUUGCAAGAUGCAAUGUCCUUCUUAAAGGAUGUCUGUGAGCAGUCUCGAAUGGAGGAUCGUUUAGACAGACUGGAUGAUGCUAUCCAUGUGCUGCGGAACCAUGCUGUGGGACCUUCCACAAGUUUACCUGCUGGUCACGGUGACAUACACAGUUUAUUGGGACCAUCCCACAAUACACCAAUUGGAAGCCUCAAUUCAAACUAUGGAGGAUCAAGCCUUGUUACAAGCAGUAGAUCAGCUUCAAUGAUUGGAACUCACCGGGAAGACUCUGUCAGUCUCAAUGGCAAUCAUUCAGUCCUGUCUAGUACAGUAACUGCUUCAAGCACAGACCUGAACCAUAAAACACAAGAAAACUAUAGAGGUGGCUUGCAAAGUCAGUCUGGAACUGUUGUUGCAACAGAGAUCAAGACUGAAAACAAAGAGAAAGAUGAAAACCUUCAUGAACCUCCUUCAUCAGAUGACAUGAAAUCAGAUGAUGAAUCCUCCCAAAAAGAUAUCAAGGUUUCAUCUAGAGGCAGAACAAGCAGUACCAAUGAAGAUGAGGAUUUGAACCCAGAACAGAAGAUAGAAAGGGAGAAGGAGAGGCGGAUGGCCAAUAAUGCCAGGGAACGCUUGCGUGUGCGAGAUAUUAAUGAGGCAUUCAAAGAGCUGGGCCGAAUGUGUCAGCUUCAUUUGAAGAGUGAAAAACCCCAAACAAAACUCCUUAUUCUUCAUCAGGCCGUGGCAGUCAUCCUUAGUCUAGAACAGCAAGUCAGAGGUGAGUAGGUUCAGCAGAGAUACAUAACUGUUCUGCCUCGGGGUACAGAGGUUUCUGUGUAUAACUGCUCUCCUGCAUGGGGGAAUUAUUAGUCAUUUCUCCCAGUAUUCUGUCACUGUUUCAUCAGGAUCAAGUUUUGCCUGUAGCUGUCAACCUCUGCCUCACUAUAUUGGUCAGUAUCUGUAGGUUCAAUGCUCCCCACAAACUCGUA